GUUGUUGCGGGUCUGUGGAAGAGUGUCUCAGUGUCCCAUCGUUGUUGGAUGCUUCUUUUACUUAGCCAUCUGGAAGAAGAAUGGUUGUUAGGUAGCUACGUUAGCUGUCUAUAAUCAACCUGUUGUUUUUAAACUGUUGCGCUGAAAUAACUUUAUAAACGCGACCAAGAGCCAAGGUUUUCAAGGAGACUUUUGGUGACCAACAUUAGUCGGUUCAUCCGAAACGUUACAUAUAAAACACAUCAGGCCUUUCCGUUAGUGGUAGAUUCAAUAACUACCUGAGGACAAUGAACCACGGCUACGGAACCAAAACUGAAAUAGCCCCAGAGGUAACGGCGGCAGCAGAUUUCGUUUCCAGGCUGUUGAGAACAAGAGGUUUCCUAAGUGAACAACAGCUUCAGAUUUUCAGCGACUGUCUUCAGCAGGCAUUAUCAGAACACUACAGACACCACUGGUUCCCCGACAGACCCCAGAAAGGCUCGGGCUACCGUUGUAUUCGGAUAAACAACGAAAUGGAUCCCAUCAUCAGUAAAGCUGCCUCUCGAAUCGGCUUAAGCAGCGAGCAGCUGUUCCGACUCUUGCCGAGGGAGCUGACUCUUUGGGUUGACCCUUACGAGGUGUCGUAUCGGAUCGGAGAGGACGGAUCGAUCUGCGUGCUGUACGAGGCCGAAGUCCCCGCGGCCCCCUCUGGGCCCAGCAACGGCAACACUUUACACAACUCCGCACUGAACUGCAAGAACCGCGCUCUGAUGGGUCGCGCCAGCCCACCAAAAAACUACCUGAUGACUGUCUCUAGCUAGAUCGAGAUCCAUUGCCAUGGGUGUCCCGUGCGAUGGGUCUCUGUAGAUGGACAAUACGUACACCAGCCAGAGGGCGAACAGCCACGCAUAGUGAUUUUAUGUCUGACCCCCGAACACUCAGGUUGCAGGUUGCCCCCAGCAAAUUCUAAGUGAUCAGUUAGAAAGGAUCUCACAUUUUGCCUCCGUUUUAUUUUCCCAGGCCACCCGCGGUCUGAAGCACUCCGUAUGCAGUGCAGCGAUUUCCCAAGAGUAAAUUGUAUGUAGGUCUAACUUAUUAAAUUUAUGGAAAGGUUGCUUUUGGCAACUAGCCGAUGCGCUUCCUUUGCACUGCCUAUGUCCUUAGUAUAUGUCUGCAUAUUGAAUCAAGCUUUGAGCUGUAUUUAAGAAACAAUUCGGACACUGCCCAAUUUACCUUUACCCUACCCUACCUAGGGGUUUAUGAUUAUCAUAAUGGUGCAAUAGUACUGCUUCUCCUGGUAAACACAAUUGCUUUGGGUACAGUCCCUUAUUUCACCCAGUUACUCCAAUAGCUACAUGUUGGGGACAGUGGCUGUUUUUAUUAUUUGAUCAUUAAGAACAUGUUUUAAAAUGAGAUGUUUGGACGCUCUGCUUGUUUAGUAUGGGACCAGCUGUAGCCCCUCCCCCUACUUGGCCAUACUCCACCAUUGCUUUACAUGUUUGACUCCUUUCGCAAGUGAAGAGAUCUGCCUAAGUGAAAUGACUAAAUUGAAUAUCACUGCCAAACAAUGACUUAGGCCCUUUUGUGCAAUAGAGCAAGCAUAUUCAAAGACCAAUCACUGGCACUAUUUAUUUGGAACUAUGGCUUAUUGUAUAUCUUAAUAAUUGGUCACAGUUGCCUUCCAGCAAAAAUUUGUGAAGCUGGGUGCCCCAAAUGUGUUAUUCCCGAAGGACAGAAUCUUAGACUUGGUACUGGAGUCAAGAGGAAUUUUUUUUUUUGGUUAAUAAACAGAAGUCACGUGAAUGAAUGGUUUAUUGGAACUUUAAGGCUUUAAAGUUACCUUUACGAAGAGUGUUGCCUGUCAGAAUAAUGUGCUGUGCAGUGAUAGGUUGUCCAAAAUGUGUUGGCAGCGGACUGGCAUGGUCUGUGCCCCAUGCUGGAGUACGAUUUCCUCCAUCUGCAGCAUUCUCCUUACUGAGCUGUUGAGCAGCUGAACUUGUUUACUGUUUGAACAAAGAAAAUGUAGAGUUUGUAAGCUAUGAGAAGCAAGGUAUGCAUUUUAUGUACAUUUUUUAUGGAUGUGUACAUAUAUAGAUACAUGUACAGUUUUGUACUUGAGACAAAGUAAUUUUAAGACAAUAAAAACCUUUAUGAAUUUGAAA